CCUCCUCUCAAACCCUCUCCUCCCUUUCUCCGGCCUCUUCCCCUUCUCCUGUGCCUCUUCAUAGCUUGCCUGCCUUUCUCUCUUCUUCCCCUCCCAGCCAUCCCCAUAUCACACAGUCCCGCUCUCUGUUGGUGCUCUCUUCUCUCAUCUCCUCUCCUCUCCUCCAUGCAAGCACUAUCUUGCUCCUUUUUUUAGUUUCUUCCCUGUUUGCUUCUUUGUGGAUCCAGGUUUUUAAAAAACAAGCAGGAGCAUAAACAAGUGCAAAGCUUUAAAAAUCAUUGCUUCCUUUUCCAAGGUUUCCUUUUAAACCUAAAAACAAGACACCACUCUGUUUCAAUCUCGAUUUUUUCCUGUAUUUUUUCCCUGCUUUUUCGGAGUUCUGAAUUUUCUGCUGCCUAGCUAGAGUACAUCAGUACAUGAGCUAGCGGAGAAGCAUGGCAGGACUCGACCUCGGCACCGCCGCGACGCGCUACGUGCACCAGUUCCACCACCUCCACCCCGACCUCCAGCUGCAGCAACAGCAGCAGCAGAACAGCUACGUCAACGCCAAGCAGCAGCAGCACGAUCCCGCCGACAACAACGACAACAACGGCAACUACGGCGGCAACGGUAACUACGGCGGCGGUGGCGAAAACAACGACGGCGGGUCAUCGUCGUCCGGCCCCGCCGGCGAUGGAGGCGGCGGCGGCGGCCACGGUGACAUAGUGGCUCGCCGUCCACGCGGCCGCCCGCCGGGUUCAAAGAACAAGCCGAAGCCACCGGUGAUCAUCACGCGGGAGAGCGCCAACACGCUGCGCGCCCACAUCCUGGAGGUCGGGAGCGGCUGCGACGUGUUCGAGUGCAUCUCCACGUACGCGUGCCGGCGGCAGCGCGGUGUGUGCGUGCUCAGCGGCAGCGGCGUGGUGACCAACGUGACGCUGCGGCAGCCGUCGGCGCCGGCUGGAUCCGUGGUCACGCUGCACGGCAGGUUCGAGAUCCUGUCACUCUCGGGCUCCUUCCUCCCGCCACCAGCUCCACCCGGCGCCACAAGCCUCACCAUAUUCCUCGCGGGAGGGCAGGGCCAGGUUGUCGGCGGCAACGUCGUGGGCGCGCUCUAUGCCGCGGGCCCCGUUAUUGUGAUCGCAGCCUCCUUCGCCAACGUCGCCUACGAGCGCCUCCCGCUCGAGGACGAGCAAGAGGCCCAGGCUGCGGCGGCUGCCGCGGGGAUGCAGAUGCAGCAGCCGGGUGAUACCGAUGCCGCGGGCGGCAUGGGCGGGGGUGGCGUGCCGUUCCCUCCCGACCCGUCGGCAGCUGGGCUGCCGUUCUUCAACCAGCUUCCUCUCGGCAACAUGGGUGGAGGCGGUGCUGGGUCGCAGCUCCCACCCGGCGCCGACGGCCACGGAUGGGGCGGCGGACGGCCGCAGUUCUGACAGACUGGUGCUUGCUGGGAGAGAUCGAUUGAUGUAAUUGCUGUCAGAGGAGGAGAGAAGGCGACAUGGCACAAGAAACAAAAUGAGCAACCACAAGGGUUCAGGGCAGUUUGCAAAAGGUUAGCGCCAGGCAUGAACAACCCAAGGAUACCAUCUAUCUACUGAACAAUUUCUACAUCUCUGUACAAUUUCGUAGUAUUUUGCCGAUCUAUUUCCUGGUUAUGCUGUUCUCUCUCUACUUGUUCUGUUUUCUUCUUCGUUUUCUUUUACUUUCUUUUCUUGUCUCUCCUGAACCUUAAUUGUGGCAUGUGUAACCUUCUCGAUCUUGAUUUUCAAUAUGGCUUUUAAAUAAGUAUCCCUCAAUUCUUCCGAGUA